AUGUCGUCGCACUCGCCGUUUGCAGCGUUCGCGGACUACGUCGACCCGACUGGAAACUUGAACUUUGAAGGGAAGGCAGUGAUCGGGGCGACCGGCGUAAACUUCACGGGCGGCAAAAGCUACGCGGUUUCGAUGGCAGACAUGAACGUGCUGGAUGUGCUGGGCCGCGGACAGUACGGUGUCGUGCACAGGGUGUUCCACACAAAGACCAAUGUGGUGAUGGCGCUGAAGGAGAUCCGGCUUGAGCUCAACCAGCGGGCGCUGAGGCAGAUCAUCAUGGAGCUGGAGGUGCUGCACAAGGCACGGUCGUCGUACAUUGUGGACUUUUACGGCGCGUUCUUUAUCGAGUCCAGCGUGUACUACUGCAUGGAGUACAUGGACUAUGGUUCGCUUGACCGCCUGUAUCCAGCCGGUGCGCCCGAGGGCGUGCUGGCCAACAUCACGUUGUCGGUUGUCAAGGGACUGCGGUUCCUGAAGGACCAGCUCAACAUCAUCCACCGAGACGUCAAGCCGACUAAUAUUCUCGUGAACAAGAAGGGCGAGGUGAAGCUGUGCGACUUUGGGGUGUCUGGCGAGCUCAACCAGUCGCUGGCGCGCACGCAUGUCGGCUGCCAGAGCUACAUGGCGCCGGAGCGGAUCACAGGCACUGGCGGGCCUGACGGCUACACGAUCCAGUCGGACGUGUGGUCGCUGGGGCUCACAAUAAUCGAGACAGCCACGGGCGGGUAUCCGUACGGCACCAACGGAUUCGACGGCGUGUUUGCGCAGAUCAGCGCCAUUGUCCACGGCGACCCGCCUGUGCUGCCCAGCGACCGGUACUCGGCAAAUGCGUGUGACUUUGUGGCAAGGUGUCUUGUCAAGAAGCAGGACGCGCGUCCCACAUACCACGAGCUGCUGCAGCACCCGUGGAUGAUCGAGGCCGAGUCCGCCAAUGUUGAUAUGGAGGACUGGGCUCUGCGAGCGCACCAGCUGGCGCUGCGGCGCAAGGAAUCUGCGGCAGCACAGCUGGCCGAGUAG